AUGGGCCAUGAAGGGGAGAUAAACAGACACUUAGAAAAAGACGAUUGCGAUUUAGUAGACGCUCUGGACCCAUCAGGAAUCGAGGCUGGGAGAAUAUCAGAUCUUAUAACCAAAGCACAAACUUGGGAUAAAAUAUACAGGUUGUUGUUUCCUAUUGAUGUGCCCGACCAAUUUUGGAGAGAAAGCAAUAUAAUUUCUACAAUAAUGCGAACCCUUCCGGCAUCACCAACAUCAGCGCCAACCCCCCUAACGUCAGCAGCAGUAACAACUCCAGCAACAACUCCAGCAGCAACACCAGUUACAGCACCAGCAGCACCCGCACCUUAUACAACAGCACCAUCACCAGCACCAGCAUCAGCACCUGCAUCAGCAACAACGCAAGCAACAGCCAUAAUGCUAGCGCCACCUUCACGGGUUUCAAUGUUGACUCCGGUGUCACAUGUAACUCCUGCUGAUCUAGAUCACCUAGCACUACCAACAUUACCCAGUGCGUCACUAUCUCUGAAUGAUUCUGAAGCCCUUCCGGAUGAUCUAUGGAGUCACCUUGGCGCAGGAUCAGGAAACAUACAAGACCAAAAUCGUGCUGUUGAGUAUUCUCAUGAACUUGAGGUGUUCGACUUAAACAUGGAAUAUGUCGUCGAUCCCUACACAAACCCUCAAUGUGGCUCAUCCUCUAACUAUAAUUCAUGGCAGACUUAA